AUAAAACCCUGUUUCAAGCCAAGCAUUUGUGCUCUUCGUUUACAGAGUUAGCUAAAACCCUAAAACGAACCAGUCUAAGCUCCACCGCCAUCAAUGGCAGAUCAACACCAACAAACCACCACCAUCUCCAAAACAUUUCCUGUAAAAGCUAAACUAAAACCCAAACCAAGAACUCCAUCUAAAACACCAGAAUCCAAAUAUUGGUCCUCCUUCAAAUCCCACGAAAUCCAAAACCUGAUCUCUUCGAUACCUUCAAUAGCUUUCUCUCCUGUAUCUUCCUCUCAUCUCUUUGCUGCCGCCAAUUCGACCUCCGUCACUCUCUUCUCCUCUCAAACCUUCUCUCCUACCUCCUCUAUCUCCUCCUUUAGGGACGUAGUUUCUUCUUGCUCGUUCCGCUCCGAUGGGUCUCUUAUCGCCGCCUCGGAUCUUUCUGGUCUUGUCCAGGUCUUCGAUGUCAAGACUCGCACUGCACUUCGUCGGCUUCGGUCCCACACUCGUCCGGCCAGGUUUGUUAAGUACCCAAUUCUUGAUAAGCUCCAUUUAGUAUCUGGCGGCGAUGAUGCCAUUGUUAAGUAUUGGGAUGUUGCAGGAGAGAUUGUUGUUUUAGAUUUGUUGGGUCAUAAAGAUUAUGUUAGGUGCGGAGAUUGCUCUCCAGUUAACGGAGAAAUGUUUGUUACUGGGUCUUAUGAUCAUACUGUUAAGUUGUGGGAUGUAAGAGUAGAGAAUAAAAAAUCAGUAGUUGAAGUAAAUCAUGGAAAUCCAAUAGAAGAUGUAAUGUUUUUGCCUUCUGGUGGAAUGAUUGCAACUGCAGGAGGGAAUACUGUAAAAAUAUGGGAUUUGAUUGGAGGAGGGAAAUUGGUGUAUUCAUUGGAGAGCCAUAACAAGACAGUAACAUCUAUUUGUGUAGGGAACAUAAUGGGAAAAGAAAAUGGAGAAGAAACAAUGCAAUAUAGGAUUAUGAGUGUAGGUUUAGACGGGUACAUGAAAGUGUUUGAUUAUGCCUCAAUGAAAGUUACUCAUUCAAUGAAGUUUCCUGCUCCACUUAUGUCAAUAGGGUUUUCGCCCAAUUGUAUGGCAAGAGCUAUAGGAACUUCGAAUGGGAUAAUCUUUGGUGGGAAAAGGAAGUUGAAGGAGAAUGAAGAAGAAGAAAGAGGAUUAAGGUUAGGUGAUUUUACAGGGUUAGGAAACGUAGAGAAGCCGAGAAGGCAGGUAUUGAGGCCGAAUUAUUUUAGGUACUUCUACAGAAGUCAAGGAGAAAAACCAAAUGAGAGUGAUCAUUUGAUAAUGAAAGGAAAGAAGGUGAAAUUGACAGAGCAUGAUAAGUUGUUGAAGAAAUUUAGGCAUAAAGAAGCUUUAGUUUCUGUAUUACACGGUAAAAAUCCAGAGAAUGUGGUACCUGUAAUGGAGGAAUUGAUAGCAAGAAGAAAGUUAUUAAAAUGUGUCUUGAAUUUGGAUCAAGAAGAGCUUGGAUUGUUAUUAGGUUUCUUGCAAAAGUACUCAACUUUGCCCAGAUAUUCUAGUUUGUUGAUGGGCUUGGCAAGAAAAGUACUUGAAAUAAGAAGUGACGACAUUAGAGCUUAUGAUGGAUUGCAAGAUCAUAUUAGAAAUAUGAAACGCUCAGCGGAAGAAGAAAUUAGAAUUCAACAGUCGUUACAGGAGAUACAGGGUAUAAUUUCUCCUUUGUUGAGGAUUGCUGGAAGAAGAUAAAGAUGAUAGCAUAUUUGUGUUGUAAGAAAUUAAGCAUUUAAUUUCAGAGAAUCAUGUGUACCUAUGUGGUCCGGCUGUUCACCUCUCGGAAAGGUUUUGCUUAUUUGAUUCAAAGGGCACUACUAAACUACUGUAGUACAGCUACUAACCAAUCAUGGAGCUACCAGACUCCAGAUCACUAAAAGGAACAGAAGACUUUAGCAAGCCACCCAAUGUAUAAGGACUUGUUUGCAAUUUUCCAGGGACCUAUCCGUAAUUUCCACCUAAGCAAGAUACGUUUGACCCAACGUUAGGAUUACUUGGAGAUAUCUUCUCUGUAUAUCUCGCUUGGGUGGUUGAGCUUAACAGGAUCUAUCCCUGGCUAUAAAACUCCAUCCCCAUUCAUUUUUAUUGACUGAGGUUUAGUAUUGUAAGCAUUACAAAUUUUAUACAAAAAACAGUUCCAGCUCAGUUAUUAUUAUAUUUCUGAUUGAAUUCCCUUUCUAUUUAAUUUGACAACCAUCACUAUGUAGUAUAACAACCUAACUGUUUUUACUGUUUUUGCUUUUUUCUGUAUGGAACUGAGGCAUUUGAGAGGCUUA